AUGCUUGAAUCAACACUAGAAUGUAUAUAUGACCAAGAUUGUCUCAAUACAAUAACUCAAAUGUUAUUGGCUGAGUCGAUACAACCGCUUUUCUCUACUCGAACUCGUUUUAAAUCAAGUAAUACGACAAAACUUACAAUAAUUGCUAGUGAACUAUUUAUCGAACAUUGGGGUGUUGAAUUUGUUUAUGAAAAGUAUUUUGCUAGUUGCCAACCUAAAACUUGCUCGUAUGUGUCUUCAGAACGAUUCCAAAUUAUGGAUUCUAUGGGUACAAUUUUCACCAUCUAUAGUGGUAUCUGUAUUUUACUUCAAUUUAUUAUUCCGAUUGGAUUUAAAUUGGUAUAUAAAUGUUUUUAUCGGCGAAAUAGACAAAUUACAGCAAUGGAUACUUCUUAA